AUGAUAUGUCAUGUCGUCCGGCUGCUUUGGUUGUGCUGGCGCGCCAAAGGAGAGUGGAACCGCUUGGCAGACAUGACGGAUGCCUCAGCCCCCCUCCGACCGGCCGCACGUUCCGAGCAUGUCGGCGCUUGGGACAAGCAAAGGCAAGUGCUCCUCAUCCAUGCUGGCAGCAACCUCGAAGGAGAUUUGUGGUCGUUCGACGCAGAGUCUGCAACAUGGACCCGGAUACUGAAUGGCGCCUCGCCGGCGGCACGUGCUUUGCAUGCUGCGGAUUGGGAUUCUACCAGCGGGGCGCUUUGGAUGCAUGGCGGGCGCAACAGCCAAACAGCGACCUGGUUUCGAGAUGUUUGGAAGCUCCAAUCAGGGACAUGGAGCCUUGAAUACAACGACGUCAUUGCUCCGUGCGGAAGGCAGGCGCAUGUUGCCGUUUGGAUAUCGAGCACUUCCUCUCUUUGGGUGCAUGGUGGCUGGACAGGCACGAAGCGCUUGUCAGACUUGUGGAGCUACAACACGCAUGCACGCAGCUGGCAGCAAUUGGCACCGCUGGCACCCGACGGGGCACCGCCGGCACGCUCGCAUCAUUUUGCGGCAUGGGACGGGGCUCGCCAGACACUCUGGAUGCAUGGUGGCUACAAUGACGUUUUGUUGGGAGACUUGUGGACCUUGACGUUGGAUGCUUCCACUCUCAGCUGGGCUCCAGUCUUAGCUGGCGGAGGUCCGACGGCAAGGUCGGGACAUGCCGGAGUGUGGGAUGCAACAGGGCGUGCUCUCUGGCUGCACGGCGGCAACGAUGGUGUGCUGCAACGAGAUCUUUGGAAGUACGACUCGAUCGGCGACACAUGGAGUCUGAUAGCGGCGCACGCUGGUCCCUCGGGACGCUGGUCUCAUGUGGCUGCCUGGGACGGCACGAACCAGGUCAUCUACAUACACGGCGGAUACAACGGAAGUGUUUGUGGGGACCUCUGGUCGUUUUCGGUCACCACAACCUCGACGACACACACCUCAAGCUUGACUUCCACAUCAAGCAGCCAAACUUCAACUUCCAGCAGUAUCUCACGAACAAGCAGCAGUUCCAGUAGCAGGAGCAGCACAACUACAACAUCGAGAACAGGAACAUCCAGCACGAGCAUGUCAUUUACUUCCAGUUCAACGACCUCGAGUUCAUCAAGCAGCAGUUCCAGCAGCCAUAGCUACAGUACCACCAUGAGCACAACCUCUACCCUGACAUUUAGCACAUCCCACACGGCGACCUCAAGUAGCACUUCGUCAUCGAGCACGAGCAACACCCGCAGCACAGCGACAGCCACGUUUUCUACUUCAACGACAGCUACGACCACCAGCACAACCGAGUUUUGCAUCCCAGUUCCUUGGCCGGAUUGGCUUCUGGCUGCACUCAUCGGUAUGGUCCUUUUGGUUUUGGGCGCUGUGUGCAGCUUCUCCAGCCUGGAAGCGGUCCAGCCCUUCGUGUCUUUCACAGACCGGCCCCCGGAGCCACAGGUGCUGCCGGUGCUGAAGCGAAGAGCUCGGAGGACUCAGGAGGCUCCUGUCUUUCCGCGCUUGGGCCCUUGCGCGCCACGCGCUCCGCUGGUCGUUCUUGUUCACUUCCAGGGUGCUUCACGGGUUUCUCCGAGGACGUGGUUGGUUCCGGAGUCAAUAGCUUUCCUGUCCCAGGUGUCCAUUUCGCGACAGCAGGGGCAUGAGCCGCAGCCAUCACCCACACUCCCGGAGCUGCCCCCUUUCGGCUCCCCCAUGCAAUCGAGCGAACGCGUGCCAGCUCGAAGUCAAGUUAUUCCACAAGACAGCAUACCGCAUGUACUCCCACCCAAACCCCCUCCAACCUUUUCGCCGGGGACGUGGCCUCUUCAGCAGGCUGGAGCUACCCAUGCACGAAGAACUCCGCCAACCGUGACUGCCUGGGCCCCUCGCACCCGACCGCGUGUGGAGCUCGUGCCACAGCCGCCACCAGGUUGGCCUUCGACAGCAUUUGGUGCCGGUGCCAUCCUUCGGAGAGAGACAAAAGUGCGGCCAUGGAGUGAACUUGCUUUGCUCCUUCCGCUGCCGCACGCAUGUACGUAUAUGCAGACCCAUUGUGCCUGGGAGAAGAGCUACCUCCCGGAUGUGCCGAGUCCCUUGGAGGCAAGGCAGGCGAUACCAGGACAGCCCAGUCCACUGGCUCCCAGCUUAACGAGGCUCGAGCCAACUGCCCAGCGCUCGCCAAGCACAAGCACUCCUUUUCGGAUUAGGACAGGUCUGAUAGGUGUUAGUGCUGCGAGUGUUCGGCUGAAGGUCGUGCCAGGCAGCGCAGGCGUUCCACGGAAGGAGCUGGUCCCGCGAUCACGCCUGGCCGCCGUGGCCCCCGAGUCGCAUGGCUGCAGGCCGGCGAGGCCCGUGUUGCGGGAUCCAAGGAACCUCAGCCCACGCAGCCGGUUUCUCGGGCUCUGGCUGCCCGACGUAGCCCAAGGGCAGCCCUUCAAACGAGAGCUAGAGCUGCCCCAGCCCAGGCAUCCUCGAGCCAAGGUGUUUUCGCCACCCUGA